AUGUUAACAGGACAUGCCUACAGCCGAGCCGUUCGAGGACAUUUGCUUGUUCAGCUUGUUUUAGCUCAUAUUAUUCUGGAUGGAGCCAAUGUAUCAGAAGAAGAGAAGAAGGACAUCUCGACUAUGUUGAUCAACAUGGAAGAAUUUACUCCAGAUAAAGUUAAAGAGAAUGCUUCCUUGAUGUCAACUUUGAAAAAAUGUCAGUACCAUCUCGAGACCCUUAAAGAGAAUGGGCCUACCGCUGCUUUGUGGGUGCAGUAUUUCAAUAUGGUUACACUCAUGAAGAAAUACAUUAAUUUUGAGCGUUGUGGUGAUUGGGACGGCCACUUGGCGUGUGUACAACAGAUAAUCCCAUUCUUCCAUGCAAGUGGACACUUCCAAUACGCGAAAUGUGCCCAUAUCUACGUGCAAGACAUGAUGCAACUGAAGAACAGCCAUCCCCAAACGUACAAGGAAUUUGCAGAAAAAGGCUUCUUCACCAUUAAUCGCACAGGCACACCUUGGGCAGGAGUUUGGUCGGAUAUGGUAAUAGAGCAAACUCUCAUGCGCUCCAUGAAAAGUUCAGGUGGCCUGACGCGAGGAAGAGGAAUUACUGAUUCUGUAUUGGCCAAAUGGGUUUGCGGAUCACCGGGAUGCACCGCCAUCUGCACUUCAUUGGAGGAGUUCGCCGAAGUGGUUUUUGCUAGUGGAGAACAGCAUGUUGAUUUCCGGCAGUCACGGCAACAGAGAGAUUCACGAGAUCGAGCUAAGAUUCGGGAAUGGUUUAGUGAACAUCCCCCAUUUCCAAAGUUGAAUUCGCUAAUAUCUCUCUCAACGGGCGUCCUGGGAAAUUCCAAAGUAAACUGCCACCAAGCCCUAGAUAUUGGCACCAAAACGAUGAAAAAUUUCAUUGGCAGAAGAUUCAGUGACAUGAAGCAGUCUAAGAAGAAUGUGGUUUUGUCACUAGCCAGUAUGAGUAGUAGCAUUAAAAACAAUGGUGAGACAGUUACUGUUAACCCUUUAACUAUUUUCCAAAGAACUGUCAUAGCAAAAAAGAAUGACGAAGAUGUUGCAGACCUUUUGACUUAUGAAUUAACCCCAUUCCCCAUGUCUCUGUUCCACGAGGGUGUGAUGCGAAAAGGGAAGAAGUCAUCCCUCUACGAUGUUUUGCCAGUAGAGAAUAACGCAGCUCUCGAUCUCAACCAAACCACCAAUGUGGUAGAUGGUGGUUUCCUACUACACCGUAUGAAAUGGAAACCGUCCUCCAGCGUUUCUUCGAUUUGCCAUCAGUACAUUACCUACGUACAGAAACAUUACGGUACAAAUUGUAUGGUGGUUUUUGAUGGUUACAGUGAUGUCAACAGCACAAAACGAGCAGAGCAGAAGCGACGAGGUUUGACUAGAACGUCGGUUGACAUUAACUGUAACGAAAAUACGAUCAUCACUGUUCAACAGGAGCAUUUCCUUGCCAAUGAAAACAAUAAAACUAGGCUGAUUCAGUUCCUCACCGAGAAAAUGACAGCAGCAGGGAUUGAAACAACUGUUGCAACAGGAGAUGCUGAUGGUACUAUUGUCAGCUGCGGGUUGGAUAAGGCUGCCGUUCAUCCAACUGUUGUAAUAGUUGGGGAGGAUGUCGACUUGAUAGUCCUCCUCAUGGGAUUGGCUCCACCAAAUAUCAACGUGUUCUUUAUGAAACCAGGACGUGGAAAGGUGGAGACCAAAUUGUUUUCAGUGCGACAACUUCAACAGCUUGAAUUUGCCAAGUCAAUUCUCCUUCUCCACAGCUUCUCUGGAUGCGACACCACCUCCGCAAUCCAUGGAAAGAGCAAAGUGGGAAUUGCUAAGCUGUUCACGGCUAAACCAGAUCUGACCCAAAACAUCUCAGACAUUUUCAGUGGGCUUUCAACAUCACCUGAAAGUAACAUUAAUCGCGAGGAGAUUGCUCUGCCGUACAUGCGGCCCCCGCUCAACAAGGAACUGUGGCGCGAACCUGAUUUGGCGACUCGAGCGGCAGACCCCGAUACGCUCGUGUUUCACCAGUGGAACGGGAAGCGCAGGAGAUUGGCGUACGAGCCCAAUUCGUUCUAUUUGCCGACGGAGAAGUUGCGAGAGGGAUCUCCCGGCGCUGGAGUGGCUCGCGGCUGGACCGUGACCGCGCUGGACGUGGACAAGCACGAAGCCAAGUUGUCAGCAAGAGGCACCACCGCCACACUUACUUACGACAAGUGUCUCAUCGCCACUGGUGUGCGCGCUAAGCGAUGCGCAGCGCUGCGUGCAGCGCGCGGCGCGGGGCUGGCGCUGGCGCUGCGCAGCGCGCGCGACGUUGCGCGCCUGGCCGCAGCGCUGCAGCGCUCGCGCGGCAACGUGGUCGUGCUGGGCGGCGGCGCGCACGCCUGCGAGCUGGCCGCAUCACUUGCAGAACGCCUGCGUGACACCGACAAGCGCGUGGUGAUGAUGUUCCGUGAGGCGACUCCGCUGGCGGACGAGCUGCCGGACUACCUGGCGGCACACCUGGCACGCACGCUCCAGACCCUCGGCGUGGACCUGCUGCCCAACACCGAAGUGACCGACAGCCGUGUGAGCUCGGAACAAGUGCACCUGCAGCUGAGCAAAGUGGGAGGUGAGGAGAUCUCUCCGAGUAGUGAGGAAAAGAGCUCGGAGCUGGUGGCUUCGCUGGUGGUGGAGUGCGUGGGAAUCGAGCCCAACACUGAGCUGGCAGCGUCUUCUGGCCUCGAGGUGCAUCCAGACCUUGGAGGCGUCGUCGUUAACGCAGAGAUGCAGGCUCGCGCCGGCGUGUUCGCGGCGGGCGACGCGGCGUGCUUCCACGAGCCGCUGCUGGGGCGGCGGCGCGUCGCGCGGCACGACCACGCGGUGGCGUCGGGCCGCGUCGCCGGCGCCAACAUGGCGGCGCUCGAGCCCCCCCGCCCCUACACCCACCAGCCCAUGCUGUGGACCGACGUGGGCCCGCGACUCGGCUACGAGGCGAUUGGAAUAAUCGAUUCUCGACUUCCAACCGUGGGAGUGUUCUCAGCGGAUGCGGUCACUGAGGCGGGCGCGAUCACAAACAGAGAAGAAGACGCGGCAACUAAACAAAUUGUUCUAGAAGUGGGCAAACAAAUCCCCUCUGAAUCAGCUUCAAGUAAACAUGCGAGCAAGGAGACUGAUGGUGAAAUUCCCAGCAGUGGGACGUCGCUCCAGCGAAGUGCGACCAGCUCGGAGCCCUCGUCGCGUAGCUACGAGCGGGGAGUCGUGUUCUACUUAAAGGAUAAACGGGUGGUGGGGGUGCUGUUGUGGAAUCUGUUCAAUCGCAUGCACAUCGCUAGACAGGUUCUGAAGCAGGGCGAGUUCGAGGAUAUGUUCGAGGUGGCGAAGUUAUUCUCAUUACAUGAGGAGGACUGA